AUGAGGAAAGAAGAUGUUACGGAAUGGAUGCAGCAAGAAAUGGAUCGAGAUGAGCAUCAUCCACCAGGUGAGACUCUCUUAUAUCCUUCUUUGAGGCGCAUGCAGUCUGACCUACUACGAGCGUCAAAAGUACUUUUCCACAAGACCCCAAGCCCGCAAGCCGCUACGCCACCGAACGUUACCAACCCUCCUGAUUUCGAUGACACUGAUGACGACGAGAUCCCUAUUGAUCCUCAGCUACUUGUAGGAGCUGAAGCUAUGAGCAACAUUGUGAGCGGUACCAACGACGAGCAAAUCCCCGCCGGUCUUGAGGAGGCAAUGCUCGAAGAGCUGCAGCAAGAAAAUAGAGAGCCCCACAACGCCACCGUCAUAUCACCGUUAGAGUUUGUGAAGAAAUUCUCGACUAUCAACAUCACCAACAACCAGACCGUGAGUAAGCCUAGCUCGUUGGAGAAAAGGAUAACAGCCGAGUACUACUCGGGAGGCUCCAAAGACGAGCUGUCCCAUUGGGAAUUUCCUUGCAAAAAUGCUCAACACGGCUGUACUUACCAGGUCAAGUACCUACCCCAGAUGAGGGGCCACGAGUCUGGCUGCAAGAUAACAUCCGCUGAGGCCAAGAUCUUGCUCUCAAAACCCUACGUGUGUACCUAUGAGGGUUGUGCAUCAGCCUUCAAAAAUAAACAAUACCUCAACAUGCACGUUCGCGAUAUACACAAAUGGAACCCCAGACAAUGCAGCAAGGAGGACUGCACUGAUCCAACUAUGUUUCACAACCUAUAUUCAUACCAGAAGCACAUGAGAGACAAUCACUACAAUACAAUACAAGGGCCAGCUAGAUGCCGGUUCCCGGGUGUAAAUCCAAGACAGACUUUACCAAAUGGAGCAAAUAUCAAGUUCACCUCGUCCAGGCCCACCAUCUUAGGGGUAACGCUCAAGACCCAUACAGGUAGUGCUAUGGCCUUUGGCGGAUACUGUAAAAGUACUUUCCUGACAGAGCUUUCUUUCGUCAUCCUUGGGCUUAUCACUCUGGCAUCUUAUACGCUCUAUGGCUGCAAAAUCUAUCGACAAAAGUACUUCGCCAAAGCUCUCCGUUUUCUCGACAGAUUUGUGCUUAUCGCCCUUGCAUCUGAUAUGCUGUGCAGCUUCAGAUUCUAUCGCACGAUACUCGCUAUGUGCAAUGGGGAAGGAUGA